GACAAUAAUUGUCAACUAUGACUCCGACAACCGCUUAGAGCCUCAUCAUUUUUUUAGACCUACGUCUUGGCUGAAGAGGUAUCUUCGGGUCGCAUUUCAAAGGUAUUAAAUGGCUUCGGCCUCUUCAUUUCACCCUUUAUUCCAAUCUGCCACCGCUGUAUGCAGAACUAAAUGCCGUCACCAUUAUGAGCGAUGCAUACCAAUGGUCCCGGCGACCAAAUGGACGACCAGAAGCUUGCGAUCCAUGUCGUGCACGCAAAGUCGCGUGUGAUCACAGACGACCCAUUUGUAUGCGAUGCCAGAGAAGAGGAGAUAAUUGUGGCUACACAGCAUCAUCACCAGCAUCACGAGUCAAAGCUUCGAUUCAGUCUAGUCCAGGUCUCUCACCACAACCUGCCAAGCCGAUGGCACGAGACUACGCAUUCAGUCCAGGCUACCUUGGUUUUACAAGCUACAACUCGGUCUUCCAAGGAGCUCGAGAGAGUCUAUCUGUUUCUGAAACAGGCUCUGAAUUUCCCAGCCCAGAGGUAUCAAGUCCUGGAAGCGAUGAUGUUUGUUUACGCAGCUUGCCUCUGCCAACACAGCAAAUGUGCCUUGUUGUAUUACAGUAUCUUCCGGGACGACCAGAAGCACAUAUGAUAUUCCACGACGAACCUGGUCCUGAAAACACCACGAGUUGGUCUCAUACGGCUGUAUCAAGAAUCAUUAAAUCUCUGCGGCAACUUUUUCAAAGCUUUGAGGGCAGUGAAUGCUUCGAUGAGCAGGUUGCUGAUGUGCUGUGCCGCAACACUUCAAAGCCUGUUAACGAUACCUUCGAUAGGUUUGAUGACUGGGUAGACCAGUUCUGUGGGCCAAACAUCCGAUGGGAAUCGAUAGGGCUUCUGUGGGCUCAUCUUGAAGGUCUUUCCGAUGCAAUAUCAACCCUGAAACAUCGUCAGCUUCAAUGGGUUCAAGGCAAGCGAUCAUCUGUUCUCUCGCACGAUCACAUACACUAUUGCAUUGAGAUCGCGCGCCAUUUCACAGCUGGCAACGAUAUGCUCCUUGAUCUCUGUCGACGGCAUGCAGCUCUUGGAACUCUGGUUUAUGGCGAUGCUAGCCCUGUAUACUGGAACUCACACAGUCUGUGUGUCUCCAUGCUUCUAUUCAUGGGCCUUCAUGCUUCGGGAGAGGCAUCGAGGCCACAAAUACAGCCCCAGAAGCCUUCGUUUUGUGUCGAGCAUAAGCGUCUACUGUAUAGCUACAUCUUUGCAAAUGACAAAUCCGAGGUCUCCUUUACUGGUAGGCCACCACUUCUAAGUCGUCGCUAUUGCUCAUCAGUGCCGCCCUUGGACUUGCCAGAUAGCUGUAUGGUAUCUGAGGACACGCUGGUAGAAGAGUUCAACGCUCUGGAUGACAGGGGCUGGAACACAAAUGGUGAGAUCUCCAGCAACAGUUACAUACGGGCUCGCUACUUGAUGUCGUAUGUCUUUGACGAGGUGAUAGAGGUGGCACUUGGCAACGAUGCCCAUGUCACGCUUGGAUAUCUUCAAAAUGUCAAAGUCCGAGUGACACAAACGUUUCUCGACAUGCCUUCGCAUUUGAUUUUCAAGUUCGAAGAUCUAGAUGAUCCACAUCUUGACAUAAAUAUUCUUUAUCUGAGAAUAUUGCUUCAUCUCGCUCAUCGAAAAGAUGUCUUUGUGGUCGAGAGAUUACUUCUUACUCAUGGGGCCAUUGAUGAUGGCUCUUUACUUGCAACUAGUUUUGAUUUAGUCAAAGUAACGGUCAUGCUCUGGAUACAUAAGAAUCGAUUUGCGCCUAUGCGGCGGAACUUUGAAUGGCUUCUGGUAGCGUACGGAGCACUAGGAGGAGGCAUUCUCUGUCAAGAGCUACUUCGACCAACCUUCUUCGGAGUUCAUCCCUUGAAUCCUACUCUUUCACGGUCGAACAUCGUUCAACAACUGAGCUUGCUCGUUGCUUUCUUGAACUGGGUCGGUCCCAGCUCGCCAAACAGAGUUGUUUGUGGAGACUGCGAAGCAAUCAUUCAGCGUGUGCUUGAUGAGCAUUUGAACUCGGAACCGACUGGCAAUACAAACCUGGUACCGUUAGGUAUAGGGGUUCCUCAGUCUUUAACAUUCGGGUUUGAGUUGCUGAAUACAUUUGAGUGGCUCCAGAAUCGUACGUAAAGCGGCACAUCUUGACGUGUUGGAACAAUCAUGAGAUAGAGUCUUGGUUCAACGAGCCUCUGGCAGUUCAGAUACAUUGAUGGGUUGUGUUCCGUCUGUGCUCAUUAUGGGUAGAAGUUUGGGUAUAUUCAUAUUACUCCUUGCAGGAGACGGUCUAUCUGCGUUUAUACAUAAUGUUUCAUGACUAGUAACUCGCUAGCUGAAACAAAUACAAUGCCUCUAGGGCUGGAAUCAUAACACAACGUUGACUGGCAGGAGAUUCUCCUACAUCAUCAAACCGCCAAAGAGGGCAGCAAUAGCACCGCUCAUAAGACCCCAUUGGAUCUGUCCUCGAGCCUCGAUACCAGCGUUACCGCUUUCUGUUGCUGAAGCGCUGGCAGCAGUUCCGCUCUCUGUAGCAGUGGCGGUAGCGGUACCUGAGGCAGAGCCUGAGGCGCUUCCUGUCUCAGCGGCGCCAAGCUUGCCGCCACCGGUAGACUUGGGAGCAGAGCUAUCUUCAGAGUCGGCGGCAGCCUUGGCGUAGUUGUCAAAGCUCUUAGCACCACUGGUACUAUUAUUUGUUAGCAUAUGUAAUGUUGAUUACAAGAUAGUGCAACUUACGGAGCAUUAAUCGCGCCAACCAUGCCUCCUUGACAAUGUCCCUGGACAGCGCAGUAGUACCAGAUGGGAUCCUCGGACUUCACCUCGAUGGUGAAGACCUUAUCGCUGACCUUGGUCUUGACAUUCUGGUCGCCGCUGAAGAAGGCAGUGCUGUUGAUGGGCUCACAGGGCUUGGCGAAGCUGCUCUGGGCGACGGAGUGGAAGCCUUCAUAGAAGUGGAACUCGACAGUAUCGCCAACCUUGGCUGAGGUCUGAGCAGGAGUGAAGUUGAGACCGUUCUCUCCGACCUUGACGACGUGGACGGCAGCAGAGACGGUGCUGGCGGAAAGGGCCAAAAGCUUGAUGGGAGAGGCGUGCAUUUUGGUGGUGGUGGUGGUGGUGGUGGUGGUGGUGAUAUGUGGAUGGGUGUAGUGGAAGUGUUUUGUUUGUAUGGAUUGGAUGUUUGUUGUGUUUACAAGUGUGAGUGUGCAAGUGUUUGUUGAUGAGACAAUCUCAUCUUUGGUAGUUCAUCCCUCCUCUUUAUAGUCAUCCCAAUUGAUGCCAAUUAGAUGAAGUCGA